AUGGCUCUGUCGAAGGCCGAGCUGGAGACGGACGAGUCAGUGCACUCCACCUUCGCAUCCCGGUACGUCGCACCACGCUCCCCCAGUUCAAGAUGGCGGGGCAAUCGAUCCCGAAGGAGGCGUCGUACCAGAUAA